CUAUAAAUUGUGGAGAUCCUCCACCGGGGCUCGAAUCAUCAGGAACUGCAUCAAGUGGUACUACAUACACAGAUACAGCGGAUUAUAUUUGUAAUGAAGGAUUUGUAAGACAAAGUGGUAAUUUACAGAUUAGCUGUCUAGUUACAGGGAAUUGGGAUAUAGCUAAUAUACUUGUUUGUGAAGUUGUAAAUUGUGGAGAUCCUCCACCGGGGCUCGAAUCAACAGGAACUGCAUCAAGUGGUACUACAUACACAGAUACAGCGGAUUAUAUUUGUAAUGAAGGAUUUGUAAGACAAAGUGGUAAUUUACAGAUUAGCUGUCUAGUUACAGGGAAGUGGGAUAUAGCUAAUAUACUUGUUUGUGAAGCCACAUUUUCGUAUAAAAAAUUAUUAGCCAAACCAUGUUUAAAAGAUAUUUAUAAGUCAGAAAUAAGGUAA